UACUUGGAGAUACAGACAGAGAGAGAGAGAGAGAGAGAGAUUUAGGGAACCCAAUUGAUAAGAGCCUUCAUUAAUUGUUUCUAACACGAUUUGUCACAGAAAUGUUUCAAAGAUUCGUAUUACUGGUCGUGAUUGUGUUUGUUGGAUCCACUACGGGAUUCAGCACUCAGUAUCGUGGCAAUACCCGGCAUCCAACUUUACCCGAGCAUUGCUACUACGAGGAAUUGGAGAUGUCCAUAGCUCUAAAUGCCACCAACUAUCCUGUGGACUAUGAUAGUUAUUGUGUCAAGGUGCAUUGCCGCGAUGAUUACGUCUUGGUGAUACGACACUGCGAUCGCAUGCAAUUGCCAAAUGGUUGUUCCUUUACAUCCAAUGAUUAUGCCCAACCGUAUCCAGAUUGUUGUGCCCGCCUUGUGUGUUCAAAUCGGCCCUAAUUAAAUGCAAAUAUUUAUAUGUAUAUUAGUAAAGAAUUUAAAGUCUG